AUGGGGGUUGCAGGACUGUGGGAGGUCUUACGGCCAGCGGCCAAACCACGAUCCCUGACGGAACUUUCUGUCACCGAAGGCUUCCAACAAAACCCAGAGGGGGUUCGGGGCUAUAGGCUGGGGAUAGACGCCAGUAUCUGGUUUUUCCAUGCUGAGUAUGGUCGUGAAGGAGAAAAUCCCGUUCUGCGAACCCUCUUCUUUCGAUGUGCCACCCUGAUGAAGUCCCCAUUCCUCCCAUUAUUCGUGUUCGACGGUCCAAAGCGACCAGACUGGAAGCGCGGUAGAAAGAUCAACAAAACGCCUAGCAAACUCAUCCCUGGAAUGAAACAAAUUGUGGAGGCGUUUGGCUUCGAACAUCGGACGGCCCCAGGUGAAGCGGAAGCCGAGCUGGCUUAUCUGAACCGCAUUGGAGCCAUUGACGGCAUUCUUUCCGACGACGUAGACAACUUUCUCUUCGGCGCAACGGCUGUUAUCCGCAACCCGAGUAAUACCCUGUCUGGAAACCGAUCCAACCCCAUUCUUAACGCAGCCGGCAAGGACGACAAGAACCAUUCCUGGGUGUUCAAGAUGUCGGAUAUCACGACCCAUCCUCAGGUUGGCUUAACCAGAGGCGGCUUGAUUCUCAUCGGCCUACUGAGCGGGGGUGACUACCACCAAAGCGGAGUUGAGCGCUGCGGCAUUAAAACUGCUGUCGCGCUCGCCAAGUGCGGGUUUGGGGACACGCUAUAUCAGGCAGCCACGAAUCUCACCAAAGACCAGCUCCCCGACUUCUUGGACAACUGGCGCCACGAAUUACGACACGAAGUAGCGACGAAUUCUCGAGGGCUCAUUGGCCGAAAGUCUCCUGCACUGGCAAAGUGUAUCACCGACGCAUUCCCGGACAUAGACGUGCUCCUCUCCUAUGUCAACCCCAUCACCUCCGAAUCUAUGGGGCGCCCCUACUCACCACGAGACAUCAGGUGGAAUAAGGAGCCGGACAUCGCCAAACUGGCCUACACCUGCGAAUUCUACUUCGAGUGGGGUUACAAGGAGGCGAUCAUUAAACGCUUCAGGACGGUGAUCUGGCAUUCUGCCGUGCUUCGGAUCCUGCGACGGGCAGUGCUCGACCUCGACGAAGGCAUGAGGUCCGGACCAGCCAUCCCAUCAACCCCGUCUCGCCAGAGGAUAGCCGAAGACGCAUGCGGGACCCCGUCUAAGAUGAUCACCAAGUACUUCUCCUCGAUGGGUCUGGAUGACCGGCAUGACCGCUCUGAUGGUUCCGACGGCGAAGAGGAGGACGAGCGGUUAAUCCUGAAGAUUCAUUCCAUGCGCGAGCAUGCAUCCACCGAUGGACUUCUCGAAUACCGACUCGAGGUCAACCCUGGACAGUUGGUUCGAAUGGCGGAGUCUGGUAUUCAGGGUCUGCGGCAACCAGAGGGGCCAGAUGAGUGGGCUUCCGAAGAUGACGGGGAUGAAGAGGGAGGGGGGAAGGGAUCCAAAGCACCCGUGGAUCCUUAUUCCCACAUGCGGCUUUGGAUGCCCGCGUGCAUGGUGAAGUUGGUUGAACCCAGGCUCGUACGAGAGUUUGAAGAAGAAGCCGAGCGGAAGAGGUUGAAGAAGGCCAACAAAGGGCAGGGGAGGAAGAAGAAAACGACGACGGCUGACGACAGUGGGUCGAGUCCACCCAAGCGGAAACGCGUCACCAAGAAGAAAGCUGCUCCUUUACCCUCUUCGGACGGAGAGGAGGAGGAUGACGCUCUACCUGUUCCCAAGCCCAAGGCAAAGGCGACGAAGUCCACAGCUGUGCCGUUGGCACUGUCGUCAGACUCGGACUCGGAGGGGGAACUACCGUCGCCGUCGAAGCUGUUCUCCAACGCCAAACCCUCCACCUCGAAAGUGCCAACCGCCAGCUACGAUGAGAACGACGUCUUCUCCGCACCCUCGCCACUGCGUAGGGCAGGGGUGAAGGAUCUGACGAAGAAGAAGGGGCCUAGUUCGACACUCGAUGUACAUUCUGGCACCACAGCGACUUUGACAGCCUUUUUCCCUCUUACGAAACCGUCUGCCAAGGCAAAUGCUACUGCUAAAUCCAACCUCACUGCUUGCCCUGGACCUUCGACCAGCAAAGCUCGAACCAACGAUGGGUCAUCACAUCGUGCGCCCGCUCCUUUCCCACUGUCAUUUGACGAUUUUGGAGGGAUGGACAACCCCAUUACUGAUGAUGUUUUCGCGUCGUCACCGCCCCCCACCCUUUCCAAAGCACGUUCAUAUCGUGAACGUUCUACUUCUGCAUCGAGUUCGACUUCACAGAGCCGGGUCAACAAGUCCCCUCGCAAGUCGAGAUCACAGCGUUCGCCAACGGGCAAGUCGGCGUCCGCGUCCACUUCAGCACGCUCCGAAUCGCCGACGCCGUUACAUACUUCUAUGAAGGAUCCCUCUAGUAGGGUCCUGGUCUCGAAUAACAGACCACCAAACGGCAAGGCUGUUGUCGAAUUCAAGAACCUUCCGGUUAUUGAGAUUUCGUCAUCGGAAGAUGAGGAAGACGAACCUGCUCGACCCCCCGCUCCAAGGCUGCAGCCUGCUAAGGCUAUCAGGCCGAAGGAGAGGGAGUCGGCUGGGACAGUGGCGGGUACGGGAUCGGCGCGUAGUGGGAACAAGUCGGGGAAGGAGGAAUCAGUCGUGGAGGCGGUGAGGCCCUCCACUCCUCCGCUUUUGAGGGCGAGGGCUAGGGCGAGAGCAAAGCCUACCAAUGUCGUUGCAGUAAUAGAUUUGACGUGA